UAAAAUGGACCUUAAAUCCCUUUCUUUGUUAAGCAAAAUUUCCAACUUGGCUCUUUAUCGAGCAUCGAUCAGAAGCAGCUAAAAUCUCAACUGCAGACAUUCUUGUUCGUUAUCUAUCUACCCCAUUACCUCUAAUCUGCUUCUGAUUCAUCUGAAGUACGAAAAUUUUGAGAUUCCAAGUUGCCAGAAUUGACAAUUUUCGAUACUAAAUUGCUCAAAAACGCGUUGAUUCUUGGGUUUGGUGGAAUCAAUUUGGUUGGUCAUCUUUUUGAGCUUGGUCUUGGUCUUUGUUUUUGCCAUUUCUUUGUGGGUUUUAAGAGAGCUUUAUUUUUUGUGGUCAGAAGGGAAGAAUAUCAGGUUUGAAGUUUUUAAUUGGUGGAAUGGAGAUAUCAAUGUUAAAGAUGCUUCUCAAUAAUAUCUCCUGUUUUUGCCAUUUAUCAUCAAGUGAUCACAUGAGUGGUGAACUGGUCCGUAGAUAUUACUGUAAGAUUGAGGAUAUACUGAAGCUUGUAAAGCCGAUUCUUGACUCCAUUGUUGACGUUGAAGAGGCUUCUAGCGAGCUGCUCCUGAAAGCGUUUGCUGGGCUUGCUCAACAUGUUGAUGAACUGAGGGAGCUAUUUGAAACCUGGGAACCAUUGUGCAGUAAAAUUUAUUUUGUCCUGCAAGCUGAACCAUUGAUUGGGAAAAUUCGAACCUGUAGCCUGGAAGUACUUGAGCUCCUUAAAUCUUCUCAUAAAAGCCUUCCUGCUGAUGUAACUUUGACAACUCUUGAGCUCUAUAUACUGAAAAUUAAGUAUGUUGAUUAUGAAUUGAUAUUAAUGACAAUUACAAAGGUUAUUAAAGCUCAAGUGGAAGGCUUGGGAGCCAGCCCAGAUAACUUUGCCAAAAUUGCUGAUUGCCUAAGCUUGAACUCAAACGAAGAGCUUUUGAUUGAGCUUGUGGCCCUUGAAAAAUUGAAAGAGAAUGCUGAACAAGCUGAAAAGACUGAGGACGUUGAAUAUAUUGAGCAAAUGAUAACUCUUGUUUCUCAUAUGCACGAUUGCUUUGUCACUGUAAAACAGUCCCAGAGCUGUACCACUGUGUCAAUACCUCCCGACUUUUGCUGCCCUCUUUCACUUGAGUUGAUGACUGACCCUGUAAUUGUUGCAUCUGGUCAAACCUAUGAGAGGGCUUUUAUAAGGAGAUGGAUUGAUCUGGGUCUCACUGUUUGCCCCAAGACACGGCAAACUCUGGGGCAUACAAAUCUCAUUCCCAAUUACACUGUUAAGGCACUUAUUGCAAACUGGUGUGAGAUAAAUGAUGUGAAGUUGCCUGAUCCCAUGAUAUCUUUGAGCUUGAACCAACCAUCUUCCCUAAUAACACAUGCAGACUCUGGUGCAUCCAGGGAUAACCAUGUAUUUCCCCUUACAAGGGACAAACACUCCUUGUCACCAGACUCCACACAAUCUUUAGGUUCUCCGAGAAAGACUUUGAUUUCGUCAAGUGUAAACCAAAGAGAGGAAUCAUCUCCAUCUCAUCUCCGUUCCUCUUCAGAGGAUUCUUUACCUGGAGUUGCUGGUAAUGUACAUGCUUUUGAUGUUGAAAGGAUAAUUAUGAAGAGUGAAGACCGGAUGGCCCACUCUGGAGAGAUAAGCUCACAUGGUCAUAGUACAUUAGCUGUUGAUGAACAGUUAUCUUCAGGUCAUAAUAGAACAACCUCGGCACCCAGCACGCUUGCUAAUUCAAACUUUUCCCCUGUAAUUCCCAGUGAUGGAAAUAAGUUGUCCUCACAGUCAGAAGCUGCUGCUGUUGCUUCAGGGGAUGUUGUAGUGGAUUCCAAGCCUGCUGCUUCUAUCCCUCGAAGGGAGCCAGAAUUUCCAUCUACACUAGAGACGAGACCUCGUAAUCAAGCGAUUUGGCGCAGACCAUCUGAGAGGUUUCCAAGAAUAAUUUCUUCCCCUACAGUUGAAAAAAGGGCUGAUCUAUCAGAACUUGAGGAGCAAGUUAAAAAGUUGGUUGAGGACUUGAAGAGCACUUCCAUUGAUAUGCAGAGAACUGCUACAGCUGAACUCCGGUUACUUGCCAAGCAUAAUAUGGAUAACCGUAUGGUGAUUGCAAAUUGUGGUGCUAUUAGCUUGUUGGUUAACCUACUUCAUUCAGAAGACAUGAAAGUACAAGAAGAUGCUGUUACUGCACUUCUCAACUUGUCAAUUAAUGACAACAACAAGUGUGCCAUUGCUAAUGCUGAUGCAAUCGAACCUCUGAUUCAUGUCCUCCAGACAGGAAGCGACGAGGCUAAAGAAAAUUCUGCCGCAACUCUUUUUAGCCUUUCUGUGAUGGAGGAUAACAAGAUAAAGAUUGGGAGGUCUGGAGCGAUCAAACCUCUUGUUGAUUUAUUGGGAAACGGAACUCCAAGGGGCAAGAAAGAUGCAGCGACAGCUUUGUUUAACUUGUCAAUACUUCAUGAAAACAAGGCUCGUAUUAUCCAGGCUGGUGCUGUAAAGUAUCUCGUAGAUUUGAUGGACCCUGCUACCGGGAUGGUUGAUAAGGCUGUUGCCGUUUUAUCCAAUCUUGCAACCAUUCCCGACGGAAGAGCAGGAAUCGGUCAAGAAGGAGGGAUUCCUCUUCUUGUUGAGGUUGUUGAGCUGGGAUCUGCAAGGGGUAAAGAGAAUGCAGCAGCUGCUCUCUUGCAACUAUGCACUAACAGUAACAGGUUCUGCAACAUUGUUCUCCAGGAAGGAGCUGUACCUCCGUUAGUGGCAUUGUCACAAUCUGGCACUCCAAGAGCAAGGGAAAAGGCUCAGGCACUUCUUAGCUUCUUCAGAAAUCAACGGCACGGUAAUGCAGGAAGGGGCUAAUUUAUACAUUGAACAAUUGGGCACAUACUUUUCUUUUUAAUUUACAGAUAAAUGAUUUUGUGUGUAAAUUUGAUAUUAUAAGUACUGUAUGUGAAAAUCAUGGUUUCCUAGAACGUUCACCGGAUUUGUGAGAUCUGCAGAAGUAACUUAGUUGGUGGCUCAGAUGGAGUCCAUCUGAAUAGCUUUGUAUGUACAUGUGGAGAAAUUUUUAGAUGACCGCGAAAUCGCUGCAGCCUUUGUAAUUUUACAAGUGGUGGAUUGGUAGAUGAUAACUAUUCUUUCUUUUACUUAGAAAUGCAAGUACACCCUCUUGAUUUCUCUUUA